AUGUUGUCUUUAAAACGGGAGCUUAUUGGUCAGCAAGCUAUGUUUAUAAAACCCAUUCAAGACUCAGAAACAGCUACAGAAGUUAGUUAUGAAAUUUCUCGAAUGAUAGCAAAGCGAAGUCGCCCCUUCAAUGAUGGGGAUUUUGUAAAAGAAUGCAUAGAAAUUGCCGCUAAGAAAAUGUGUCCAGAAGCAGCAAAAAAGUUUGAGAAAAUUCAACUGAAUCGUAUGACUAUCCAAAGACGAAUUAUGUCUUUGUCAGCACUCGACGAAUCCACUGAUAUUAGUUCCACAGCUCAACUUCUCAUAUUCAUACGAGGUGUUACUCAAGAUUUUGAAGUCUUAGAAGAGUUAUUAGGAAUGUGUUCAUUGAAAGGUCAAACCAAAGGAGUUGAUAUACUCAAUGUACUUUUGGAUGAGUGUUCAAAAACUGAUUUGGACUUAUCAAAAUUAUCGGGAGUUGCGACUGACGGUGCUCCUUCGAUGAUUGGUGUCAAUUCCGGGCUAGUUACUUUGCUGAAAAAGCAUCUGCAAGAAAAAAACAUAAACGCUGAAGAUCUCAUGCAGUUUCACUGCAUUAUACACCAAGAAGCCCUCUGUUCUAAAAAAAUUGAAUUUCAAAAUGUCAUGAAAGUGGUAGUUUCGACUGUAAAUUUCAUAAAAUCACGAGGACUCAAUCACAGGCAAUUCAAACAAUUCCUUGAUGACAUCGAAAGCGAAUAUGGAGAUUUACUGUAUUAUACAGAACUUUGUGAAUCGUCUAAACCUAGAGCGACAAAUUCUGGUAGAGGAUUGAUGUCUUCAAGAACUGCGAUGUCAAUUAUCGUGGGAGUCAUUGCGUUAGUUGGAAACUGGGUUAAGAUGUUGGGGGGUGAGGACGAAGGCGUUGUAGACUUGGGUGUAAUUGAAGAUGACAUUGAGGUCUCCGAGGAUAAAGAUAUGUGUAUUUCUCCCAAAUUUUAA